AUGUUUUUAUUAUUAUAUUUAUUACUUGUAACUGGCACUUAUGCUAAGCUCACGAUUAAUUAUGACUCGUUUACGGGAGCACCAAUAAGCCUGGAGGAGAUGAAAAUAAGAGACGUAGAGAACAUAACGUUUUGGUGCACCAAUGAAAUUGAGCUCUGUGACCCAGAAGAGGGAAAACGAGUAGAUGGGUCGUGUAACAACUUGCGAUAUCCCUCACGAGGUGCUCCUCACACGCCUACUUAUAGAUUGUUACCCGCUAUCUACGAUAAAGAUUUCGAGCCAAGAUUAUCAAAUUCCGGCCAUUCAUUGCCCCUGGCAAGGUUCUUGAGAACAAGUCUCCUAGCUGAGGGUAGAUUACCCGAUCAGAAGUACACUACGCUUGCAACCAACUUUCUUGUUUUUAUGACGGCAGACGUGCUUUCUGUUCAAGACACAGUUAAGUUUAUCAUUUGGAAGCCGUAUUGCUGCCAACCAAAAGGCAAAACUGAUAGAGAUUGCGUUCCAAAUAAAAUACCCGACGAUGAUCCAGUUCAUCGCUUCUCCAACAUAAGAUGUUUGAACAUGACCAGACCUGAAAGUUUUCAAUCUAUCGGUUGUAUCCGAAAUGAUACAGUUCCUGAAAGGAUUGUGUCGGCAACACCAGCAUUCGAUUUGUCACUAUUAUAUGGUAAUUCAUUACAAUCAUUAUCGGAAAAAGGCCGCCUAUUCAAAGGUGGGCUGCUAAAAUAUGAAGUGGAAAACGGAAGAAUCUGGCCACCUAGUGGUAGUGAUAGAUGCAUCUUGAACCAAAAACCUCAAGAAACCCGAUGUCAUAAUACACCUGAAGACGGUGUGAACAAUUUAGCGGGAAUAAAUUUGUUAAGCAUUUGGUUUUGGAGACUUCACAACUUCAUUGCCACUGGAUUGUCUAAGGUCAAUCCUUGCUGGAACGAUGACAAGCUUUUCUACACGGCUCGUGAUAUAAAUAUUGCUAUUUUUUUACAAAUACUCUUAUAUGAGCUAUUGCCUGCCUAUUUUGGUUAUGACAAUUUAUUAAAAGAUGGAGUUUUAUCACCCACACCUGGAUUCAGAGACUACUACAAUGAACAUCUUUUCCCUCAAAUAUCACUUGAGUUCCCAUUUGUUCUUCGUUGGUUCCAUACAACGCAGGAAGGAAAUAUGAACUUAUACGACACUCUGGGCUGCUAUUUGAAGAAAGUUCCAAUUGUAAACAUGACUCUAAGAACUGGGUUCUUCGGUGUGGACGACAAUAUGGAUUAUGUAACGCAAGGAAACUUUAGGCAAGCAGCGGCUAAGGCAGACUAUAUCGUCGACCCUGACAUCGCAGAAGUGGGUCUAGGUCCACAGCAACUCGCUACAGAUCUUUUAACGAACGAUUUGGCGAAGAACCGUUUGUUUGGUUUCCAACCGUAUAUUAAAUACAGAGAGUUAUGUUUCAAAAAAUCGCUUAAAACUUUUGAUGACUUACUUCAAGCUAUUGAUCCAGAGAGAGUCGAGCUGCUCAAAGAGGUUUAUGAGAAUGUGGAAGAUAUAGAUCUAAUGGCUGGAAUUUGGCUCGAGAAACUGAUCGAGGGCGGUAAUGUACCACCUACUUUGUACUGCAUUGUGGUGGAACAAUUUCUUAGGGCUAUCGCAUCCGACAGACAUUGGUAUGAGCGCCCCAACCGACCGAACGCAUUUACAUGUGAACAACUAAAGGAGAUUAGGAAAGCCACGGUGGCGCGCUUGCUGUGUGACGUCGGCGAUAAAGUGACACACAUACAACGUCGAGCGUUCUACAGGAUAAGCCCAAACAAUCCAUUGUGUAACUGCAACAACAUUGAUUUUGUAAAUUUCUGGGCGUGGAAGGACCCGAAAUGUGACAACCAUGGUUCACAAUUUAAUGCGUGCCACAAUACGGCGAAAUUCUUCCAAGACCAGUAUCUUAAACUGAAAACAGUUGAAUAA